CGCCUUGCAUUGAGUGCAUGCUUGGGCUUGGCCUGCGGCUGGCGCCGGAUCGCUUCUUCGUGCCCGAGUCCGCUAACUCCGCCCUUCGAGUGACAACAGCCUAGUGCUGCUACUGCUAUUGUAUAUUGCUUCAGAAGUUGGGUAGAGACUUUGCGUGUUGGAUUUUACAUUUGCCAUUGCUGACUGAGUACCUGUGUUUUCCAUUGACGCCUCAAAUUCACGCUCAGAAAAGUAUAUAGACUCACCCUUUACCCCUCACGCCUCUCAUCUUACAUCUCAAUCCCAUUCACAACAACAACUCAAGUCAUAUCAUCUCAUCUACAAUACACAUCACCAACAAUGGCUUCCAUCAACCAAUCAGCUCAGACCCUCAAGGCUCUUCACAAGCCCGGCUCGCCCCUCGUUCUCUCCAACAUCUGGGACGCCUCAUCUCUCAAUGCCAUUGUCUCCCUAAACUCAGAAGGCCUCAAGCCCGUCAAGGCAUUGGCAACCGCUUCAUGGGCUAUCGCCGCUAGUCUCGGUAUUAAAGAUGAAGAACUCACCAUGGUGCAAAACCUCGAGGCCAUCUCCCGAAUUGCCCCCCUUGCAGAGCAGGCCGGUCUUCCCCUUUCCGUCGAUCUCCAGGACGGGUACGGAGAUCUCAUCACAGCCGUCGUCACCGCUGCCGUAGAGUACGGCGCUGCUGGAGCCAACCUCGAAGAUAGCAUCCCUUCCGCUGGCUUCGGAAAGGGCAUCUCCGGCUCCCUCUACAAGCUUGACAACCAAGUCGCACGGCUCAAGCGUGCUGUCGAUGCCGCCAAAGAAGCUGGUGCCCCAGAUUUCGUCAUCAACGCCCGAUGUGACAUUUUCCGCCUCGAGGCUUCCGAUUUGAGCCUCGAAACUCGGUUAGCUGAGGCCAUCAAGCGUGGCAAGGCAUAUCUAGAGGCCGGUGCCACCACAGUUUUCUUCUUCGGUGGUCCAAACGGCUUGACCAGCGAAACCGUCAAGACGCUGGUCAAGGAGUUGGAUGGAAAAGUUGCCGUCAUGUUGUCUGGAAAGCCUGGUUCUCUCACCACAGCUGAGCUGGCCAGCCUUGGUGUUGCGAGAAUCAGCGUUGGACCUAGCCUAUACAUUGCCGCGCUGAAUGCGAUCAAGGCAAAGGCAUUGCAGAUGUUUUCUGGGGGUGGGUUGGCAUGAAUUGAGAAUUGUAUGAUAUGAAUCGGCCCGGAUGGGCAACUUGGGUAUCGGAUGAAACAAUUGUGUAUACGGAUAGAAUGUUAACAGAAAUCGAAUUAUAUACUUGUAUAAACUC